ACGGAGACCGCAAGUCGGUGUGGUGCUGGUGCAGCGUAUGGCGCAACGCAUCACUCAGAGCCAGCGGGGGGAUCGCCAUUCGGUGGGGCACGCCGUUUCCGUGGCCUUUUCGCCCAAGGCAUCUCGGGCCCAAAUGCCACUUGCUCGCUCGCGCCACAGUCGUGAAGGCUUCCCCGCCCCUCGCUCCGCAAGUCGAUCCGUCCCUCCACAGCGCGGCGGCCCCGCUUCCUCAGACCGCGGGCGCCCGUCACUUGGCAGCGCGAGGCGGGGGAGGACGCCGAGGACUGCGAGGAGCAGCCGCCUCCGGCCAUGGCUUCGCCGCCCGCCCGGAGCCCAGCGGACGCCGCCCCCGCUGCCGGUGGCCAGGCUGGCGUGGCGAGCGGCGUGGGCGCCGCGCGCCAGAGGGCGGCCGCCGUGGGCGAGGACGUGGUGGCCGCGCUGGCGAGCUUCUGCAGCACGCAGGCCGCGAGCACCCUCGAGUCGCCGCUCGGCGGGCUGAGGGACCACCUGCGGCAGGCGGGGGACGCGGUGCGGGGCGUGCAGGGCCAGGUCGCCGCGGCAUCGCGGGAGGCCGCGGCGCGCAGCGCGCAGCUGGAGCGGACCGUCGCGGGCAUGCACACGCACUUGCAGGCCCUCGAGUGCGCGCUGCGAGCGCGCGCGACGUCGGAGGAGCUGCAGCAGCUUCAGCGCGCGCACGAGGCCCAGGAGAGGGCCGCGUCGGAGCAGGCCACGCACCUGCGGGAGCAGCAGGGCGGGCUGGCCGAGAAGUGCGGGGAGCUCGGGCAGACCGCCCGCUCGGCGGCCGAGCGUCUGCAGCGCCUCGAGGGCGCCUCGGUCGGUGCGGGCAAGCGGGCCGACGAGCUCGAGGCGGCGCUGCAGGAGAAGGCGGACUCCCGGGAGCUGCAGGAGCUCCGCAAGGCGAUCUCCGAGGUGCAGGCGAGGCUGUCGGCGCUGGACCGCGGUCUGCAGGAGAAGGCGGGCCAGGCGCAGGUGCAGCAGCAGGCGUCCAGCAUCGCUGGCAUCGAGGCGGCGCUGGCCGACGUGGCGCUCGCGAUGCAGGACAAGGUCGGGAUGGACCAGGCGCAGAAGGCGGCGGGGCGGGUGGACGGUCUGCAGUGUCAGGUGGCGGCCCUGGAGGCGGAGGUGCAGCAGAAGGCCGGAGCUGACUACGUGCAGCAGCAGGUCGCAGGGGCCCUGGCCGAGGCCCAGAAGAGAGUCUCGGCGCUGGACCAGGCCCUGCAGAGCAAGGCCGACGUCGCGCUGGCGGAGGAGCUGAAGGAUGCGGUCGGCGACCUCCGUUUCAAGGUGCCAGCCGCGGAGCAGGAUAUUCGCGCGGCGGCGGAGCGCCUCCAGCAGGCGGAGGGCUCGAUCGUGCGCCUGGACGGCACCGUCGCGCAGCUGGAUCAGGCGACCUCCGAGGUGCAGGCGAGGCUGUCGGCGCUGGACCGCGGUCUGCAGGAGAAGGCGGGCCAGACGCAGGUGCAGCAGCAGGCGUCCAGCAUCGCUGGCAUCGAGGCGGCGCUGGCCGACGUGGCGCUCGCGAUGCAGGACAAGGUCGGGAUGGACCAGGCGCAGAAGGCGGCGGGGCGGGUGGACGGUCUGCAGUGUCAGGUGGCGGCCCUGGAGGCGGAGGUGCAGCAGAAGGCCGGAGCUGACUACGUGCAGCAGCAGGUCGCAGGGGCCCUGGCCGAGGCCCAGAAGAGAGUCUCGGCGCUGGACCAGGCCCUGCAGAGCAAGGCCGACGUCGCGCUGGCGGAGGAGCUGAAGGAUGCGGUCGGCGACCUCCGUUUCAAGGUGCCAGCCGCGGAGCAGGAUAUUCGCGCGGCGGCGGAGCGCCUCCAGCAGGCGGAGGGCUCGAUCGUGCGCCUGAACGGCACCGUCGCGCAGCUGGAUCAGGCGAUGCAGAGCAAGGUGGCCGUCAAACAGAUGCAGCAGUUCGAGAGUGCCAUCAUUGGCACCCACGCGCAGGUAUCCCAGCUGGAGCAGAAGAUGUCGGAGAAGGCCAGCACGAGCCAGCUGCAGCAGCUCAAGAGCGCGGUGGCGGGCGGGGAGGCCAAGAUUGAGAGCCUGGAGCAGGCGUUGCAGGAGAAGGCGGACGCCGAGCAGCUCCAGCAGGUCCGCGGCCUCCUCUCGUCCUUCGAGGCGAAGAUCUCGGGCGUGCAGCAGGCCGUCCACGAGAGGGCGAGCUUCGGGCAGGUGCAGCAGGUGAAGAGCAUGGUCGUGGGCGUGCAGAGGCAGGUGUCGGUGGUGGAACAGGGCCUGCACGAGAAGGUCGGCCCCGACCGGCUGCAGGCGCUGAAGAGCGCCCUCGCGGAGUGCCAGGCCCAGAUCGGCGGCCUCGACCAGACUCUGCAGGAGAAAGCCCCACUGGCCGAGUUCCAGCAGCUGCGUUCCUGGUCUGCCGGGCACGAGACCAAGCUCGCCGCCAUCGAGCAGGCAGUGCAGGAGAGAUCGGAGGCCGACCAGAAGAUCUGCCAGCUCAACGAGGCUCUCCUCAUGCAGCAGGCCAAGGUCUCCAGCAUCGAGCGCGGCGUCUGGGAGGGCAUGGACUGCGUGCAGGUCAUGGACGGGGUGAUCACCGCGAUGAAGACGCAGGCCAGCAACCUGGAGCGGUCCCUGCAGGACAAGAUCGGCAAGACCGAGCUCCAGCAGGUCAGCGACGCCUGCGCUUCCGUCAAAGCCAAGGUCGCCAACAUCGAGCAGGGACUACGGACCGGUUUCGAUCGCGUCAGCGAGGUGGAGAGCAGCGUGGAGCGCGCCGCGACCCAGCUCGCCAGCCUGCAGCGCGCCGCGCAGGGCAGGCCCAGCCCCCGCUCGGCCGUGCGCGGCGGACUGUCGGGCAUCGACUCGGGGGGCGACUGGGCGUGGCCGGAAACCGGUCCCGGUGAGGGCUCGCGCUCGCCGAGGAGGUGAGGGCCGGCCCCCACAGACGACGGCCGGGGGGGCGCCGCGCCGAGGGGGCGUCCUGGGCCGUCGCAGCCCCGGCGCUCCUCCGUGCGGCCCGCCUUGGCCCCCUGCUCCCUCCCUCCGACUGCACGCUUGGGUGUCGGGGGUGGACGGAGCCCCC